AUGCAGGCUGCCCCAAGUCCCGCACCCCGAUGGUGGCGGGGGCGUGCGGGCGCCAUUCAGGUGGCCACGGUGGUGGUCAGGGCGGUGGCUGUGCUGCUGCUGCUCCGCGCGGGGCCCGCUGCACACGCGCUCUGCUCGCCCACCUUGUUCUUCCGAGACUGCUGGAUUCGCCGCUUCCCAGGCCUCCUCGUGGACCUGGAGGAGUCCCAGAAGCUGGGGGCCCAGUUCCUGAGGUAUUACUCGGAGAGCACCGGCCAGAGGUGCAGCCGGAGCUGCUGUCUCCGGAAGGAUGUGUCCUGUAAUUUGGCAGUCUUCUUCUAUGACCCAAUUCAUAACAACGUCAACUGUCUCCACAUCUACUGCCCAACACUAGAGAGCUGCAUAUUAGAACCCGGAACCAGCGCCAUAUUGUACAACAUAACAGAUGGUAAAGAUCCAGACUUGCUGGUUUUCGAGCAGUCACCGUCCACCUAUCUAAAUACCCGUUCUUCAUCGGAUGAAAGGGACAGAAUAAGGAUCUUAAAAACUAUAAAUUUACAUCACCAACCAACUAGCAAGACAGGCUAUUUGCUGCCAUUAAUAGAAACUCCAUCAGCAACCACAAAGCGAGGUUUGGUUGCAAAAACAAAGGAUACUGGUAGUCCCUGGGAACUCAUCACAGAUUCUGGGGCCAAAUUCAGUUCUCUGAAGGAGUCCAUUACCCCCAAGGUAGAUACGCUGUCACCACCAAGUUCUGGCUCAGUCAGCAAGCCCAAUAACAAGACCAUCUCGCCCUUCUUUGUGUCCAGAGACACAAAGCUUUCCCAUAUGCCUGUUCCAUCACGAUCCAACAUCAGCAAACAACCAGUGAACAGAACAAAGGGUUCUAAUGGUGGGAACCACAUCUCUGAGAGUGAGGACCAGGCCUGGGGGGCCCAGGUGCCUCCAAAGUCCUGGCUGGCUCCCCUGGUCUGGUGUGCCUUGCUCUUCUUUCUUUGCUUCUGUGUAGUCAUCCUGGUCUCAGGACGCUGUGGCAAGCAACAGGGUCAAUAUAAUCCAAGACAGAGAAGUCCGGAUCAGGGCCCAGGAAAAAGUACCAUCCCUUGGAGGAGAAAUCUUAAAACACCGGAGCAAGGUUAA